UUUUUGUUAAAUUAAAAAAAAAACAAAGAAAGGAUUUCUACCUGAGACGAGACGAGACGAGAUCGCACGAAGAAGAAGAGGAGGAAAACGCAAUCAAUCCGAUCGAUCAAAGCCGAGAAGAGGAUAAUCUCUCCGCCGCCGCCGCCGGAGAGCGGGGGCACCGACCGACCCACCCAACGGGCGAUCGCCGGCCAGGAUCGGGUGGGGGAUCUCGUCGCUCAGAUCGGCCGCGCUGGGGGCGAAUCACUCGCGCCACUCCCCGGCGCAGCCCCCGCCGCCCGGAGCCUUCUUCCCCUUCCACUGGUGGAACCCUAAUGCUCGCCGCCGCAUAGACUUCUCCACCAUGGACUUCGCCAGCCGCCACGCCGCCUCCGCCCCGCCGCCGGCGCCCGACGCGUCUUCCCCUUCCUCGCCCCGCGCCUCCUCUGCCUCCUCCUCCUCCUCCGCCGCCGCCGAGGAGCCCGAGUACCUCGCCAGGUACUUCGUCGUCAAGCACUCGUGGAGGGGCAGGUACAGGCGGAUCCUCUGCAUCGCCUCCUCCGGCCUCGUCACCCUCGACCCGGCCACCCUCGCCGUCACCAACUCCUACGACGCCUCCUACGGCUUCGACCGCGCCGCGCCCGAGGGCAACGCCACCGAGUUCACGCUCACCCUCCGCACCGACGCCCGCGGCAAGUUCAAGGCCCUGCGCUUCUCCUCGCCGCUCCGUGCCGGGAUCCUCACCGAGCUCCACCGCCUGCGCCCCGUCCACCCCGUCCUCGACUUCCCCGUCCUCCACCUCCGCCGCCGCACCCACGAGUGGGCGCCCUUCAAACUCAAGGUUACUUCAGUGGGCAUUGAGCUCCUUGAAGGACAUUCUGGUGAUCUGCGCUGGUGCUUGGACUUUAGAGAUAUGGAUUCUCCUGCUAUCAUUCUCUUGGGGGAUAGCUAUGGGAAGAGGACUGCUGAAGGAGGAGGUUUUGUGCUAUGCCCCCUUUAUGGGAGGAAGUCCAAAGCAUUUAUGGCUGCUUCAGGCAGUACAAACACUCUGAUUAUAUCAUAUUUGACAAAAACAGCCAACUCGAUGGUUGGAGUAUCACUACAUGUGGACAAUUCACAGUCAAUGACAGCUACUGACUUCAUAGCAAAGAGAGCAAACGAGGCUGUUGGAGCUGCUGAAACUCGGCAUGGAGAAUGGUCAGUAACAAGAUUGCGUCCUGCUGCACAUGGCACUGCUAGCAUUGAGAGCUUGAGCUUGGGUAUUGGACCAAGGGGGGGACUUGGAGAUCAUGGUGAUUCCGUUUCUCGACAGCUUGUUCUUACAAACACUUCACUUGUCGAAAGACGACCGGAGAAUUAUGAGGCUAUCAUUGUUCGACCUCUCUCAACAGUAAGUGCCCUUGUGCGAUUUGCAGAAGAACCGCAGAUGUUUGCAUUCGAAUUCAAUGAUGGUUGCCCGAUUCAUGUAUAUGCAAGUACAUCCCGUGAUAGUUUACUUGCAACAGUUCUUGAUGUUUUACAAAACCAGAGCCAGUGUGCCAUUCCAGUGCUACCAAGGUUGACCAUGCCUGGUCAUCGCAUAGAUCCACCCUGUGGAGUAGCCCGUGUUCACAUAUCCCAUCACACUGUUGAUAUGGAAGCUGCUAGCAUGCACAUAAAACAUUUAGCUACUGUUGCUAAAGAGGCUGUAGUUUCAUCCGACACUGUUCCUGGAGCAAAAAUCAGAUUGUGGCGUAGAAUAAGGGAGUUCAAUGCAUGCAUACCCUAUACUGGAGUGCCCGUCAAUAUUGAAGUACCUGAAGUGGUCCUAAUGGCUCUAAUUAGUCUUCUCCCAGCUACACCGCAGAACCUUCCUGCUGAUGCUCCUCCUCUUCCACCUCCAUCACCAAAAGCAGCAGCGACAAUAAUGGGAUUUGUCGCAUGCUUACGGAGGCUCCUCACAUCAAGAAGUGUGUCAGCACACGUGAUGGCAUUUCCUGUGGCUGUAGGGAGAAUAAUGGGUUUGCUUAGAAAUGGUUCAGAGGGAGUAGCAGCUGAGGCUGCUGGACUUGUGGCUAUGCUAAUUGGUGGUGGUCCUGGUGAUACAUCCAUGUUAACGGAUACAAGGGGAGAGUCACAUGCUACUUACAUGCAUGCAAAGUCUGUACUGUUCUCACAACCAGUCUAUGUUCCAAUCCUUGUUAACAGAUUAAGGCCACUAUCAGUUUCACCAUUACUGUCAUUGUCCAUUGUGGAAGUCCUUGAAGCUAUGCUUUGUGAACCCCAUGGUGAAACAACCCAACAUGCUACAUUUGUUGAGCUACUACGUCAAGUCGCUGGUUUGCGCCGUCGUUUGUUUGCAUUAUUUGCCCAUCCUGCUGAAAGUGUGAGGGAGACUGUUUCUGUUAUUAUGCGUACAAUUGCUGAAGAAGAUGCAAUAGCAGCAGAGUCCAUGCGUGAUGCUGCCUUGAAGGAUGGUGCUCUUCUGAGGCAUUUACUGAAUGCUUUCUUCUACCCUGCUGGUGAGCGACGUGAUGUUAGUCGACAGCUUGUUGCUCUCUGGGCUGAUUCUUAUCAACCUGCACUGGAUUUGCUGUCAAGAAUACUUCCCCCUGGACUUGUUGCUUAUCUUCACACACGAUCAGAUGAAGAUUCUCAGAACCAGUAUGAUGAAGUACCAUUAAGCAGAAGGCAGAAACGGAUACUUCAGCAGAGGAGGUCCCGUGGUGGCAAGAGUAUGGCUGUACCAGAACAAGGGAUGCCCUCAAAUAACAAUGAAGGGGAUUUUUUUGGGCACACCAAUGUUGGUCCCUUUGGAGCAGAUGUCCAUCAGAGGCAUGCUAAUCAGUACCCUACUGCAUAUACCCCUUCUCCAGGCAUAAGUAUUGAUCCUUCUCAGGCAGUUCCACAUGGUUUUGUACCUGAGGCCUUCUAUGAAAAUAAUCAUCAAACUGGGGCACCACAGCUGGAUUCACAUGCUUAUUUAGUGGACUCCAAUGGCAAUGGUGACCUUGCUAACUCUGCACAUUUAGAUUUUUCAGUCCCUGCACAGGUUGUGGUGGAAAACACACCUGUUGGAUCUGGCAGGCUACUGUGCAACUGGUAUGGAUUUUGGAGAGCAUUCAGUCUUGAUCACAAUAGAGCAGACUUGAUAUGGAAUGAACGCACUAGACAAGAAUUAAGGGAGGCAUUGCAAGCUGAAGUUCAUAGCCUUGAUGUUGAGAAAGAACGAACUGAUGACAUUGUCCCUGGAAGUUCAGUCACUGAGGAUGCCAGUGAUAGUGAAACCUUACCACGAAUUUCAUGGAAUUAUGUUGAGUUUUCAGUUAGCUACCCUAGCUUGUCCAAAGAAGUCUGUGUGGGCCAAUACUAUCUGCGGCUUCUUCUUGAAAGUGGAAGCAAUUACCGAGCACAGGAUUUCCCACUGCGUGAUCCUGUUGCCUUUUUUAGAGCUCUGUAUCACCGCUUCUUGUGCGAUGCAGACAUUGGUCUUACUGUGGAUGGUGCAGUCCCUGAUGAACUGGGUUCAUCUGAUGAUUGGUGUGACUUGGGAAGAUUGGAUGGUUUUGGUGGGGGAGGAGGUUCUUCUGUAAGAGAACUUUGUUCAAGGGCAAUGGCUAUAGUUUAUGAACAACAUAACAAAGUUAUUGGACCUUUCGAUGGCACAGCACAUAUUACUGUUCUCUUGGACAGAACAGAUGAUAGGGCAUUAAGACAUCGCUUGCUACUACUGUUAAAGGCCUUGAUGAACGACCUUUCAAAUGUUGAAGUGUGUGUUUUGGUUGGAGGAUGUGUUUUGGCUGUUGAUAUGUUAACUGUCGCUCAUGAAGCAUCUGAGCGGACAGCUAUUCCUUUGCAGUCUAACCUGAUCGCGGCAACUGCAUUUAUGGAACCUCUGAAAGAGUGGAUGUAUAUUGACAAAGACGGUAAACAAGUUGGCCCUCUAGAAAAGGAUGCUAUCAGAAGGCUAUGGUCAAAGAAGUCAAUUGAUUGGACCACCAAAUGUUGGGCUUCUGGUAUGUCUGACUGGAAAAGAUUACGUGAUAUCCGGGAACUCCGUUGGGCACUUGCUGUUAAAGUGCCUGUUCUUACUCCUAGUCAGAUUGGGGAUGCUGCAUUGUCUAUAUUACACAGUAUGGCAUCUGCACAUUCUGAUCUUGAUGAUGCAGGAGAGAUAGUGACACCAACUCCUAGGGUGAAACGUAUAUUGUCAAGUCCAAGAUGCCUUCCUCAUGUUGCUCAGGCUAUGCUUACUGGGGAACCAAGCAUUGUUGAAGCAGCUGCCUCAUUACUUAAGGCUAUUGUCACAAGAAACCCCAAAGCUAUGAUUCGACUAUAUAGUACCGGUGCCUUUUACUUUGCAUUGGCAUAUCCCGGUUCAAAUCUCCUAUCGAUCGCACAACUCUUUUCAGCCACACAUACUCAUCAGGCAUUUCAUGGUGGUGAAGAGGCAGCAGUAUCUUCAUCAUUGCCUUUGGCAAAGCGCAGUGUACUAGGUGGACUGCUCCCAGAAUCAUUGUUGUAUGUCUUAGAACGCAGUGGACCUUCAGCUUUUGCUGCCGCAAUGGUGUCUGAUUCUGACACGCCAGAGAUUAUAUGGACCCACAAGAUGCGGGCGGAGCAUCUAAUUCGUCAGGUCCUGCAGCAUCUCGGUGACUUUCCUCAGAAAUUGGCUCAACAUUGUCAUUCAUUGUAUGAUUAUGCUCCUAUGCCACCUGUGACCUACCCGAAUCUGAAAGAUGAGAUGUGGUGCCACCGAUACUACCUCCGGAACCUAUGUGACGAGAUUAGGUUUCCUAACUGGCCCAUUGUUGAACAUGUAGAGUUUUUGCAGUCAUUGUUGGCAAUGUGGCGUGAAGAGUUAACUCGUCGUCCAAUGGAUCUAUCUGAAGAAGAUGCUUGUAAGAUACUGGAGAUCUCUCUUGAUGAUCUUGUCCUUGGUGAGAACGGCAGUAGCAAGCAGUCAUCUGAGUUAAGUUCGGGCAAUUUGACAAACAACAUUGAAAACAUUGACGAAGAGAAGCUUAAGCGCCAAUACCGUAAGCUGGCAAUAAAAUACCAUCCAGAUAAGAAUCCUGAGGGAAGAGAAAAGUUUGUUGCUGUGCAAAAGGCUUACGAACGAUUGCAGGCAAGUAUGCAGGGACUGCAGGGACCACAAGUUUGGAGGCUGCUACUCUUACUCAGGGCACAGUGCAUCUUGUACAAGAGAUAUGGACAUGUCUUGGAACCAUUCAAGUAUGCUGGUUAUCCAAUGUUGCUAAAUGCAGUCACUGUAGAUAAGGAUGAUAGCAAUUUUCUUUCAUCUGAGAGAGCCCCUCUUUUGAUAGCUGCUUCAGAGCUAAUUUGGCUGACAUGCGCAUCAUCUUCAUUAAAUGGCGAAGAGCUCAUACGGGAUGGUGGUAUCCCAUUGUUGGCAACACUUCUUUCUCGUUGCAUGUGCAUUGUUCAGCCCACAACCCCAGCAAAUGAACCGGCAGCAAGAAUAGUCACCAACAUAAUGCAUACAUUUGCGGUUCUCAGCCAGUUUGAGUCAGGAAGGGCUGAGAUUCUUAAGUUUGGUGGCCUUGUUGAGGAUAUUGUGCACAGUACAGAACUUGAAUUUGUUCCAUCGGCUGUGGAUGCUGCACUGCAAACAGCUGCUAAUAUAUCAGUGUCAUCAGAAUUGCAAAGUUCUCUGCUCGCGGCUGGAUUUUUAUGGUAUGUGUUGCCUCUAUUGCUUCAGUACGAUUCAACAGCAGAAGAGAAUGCAACAAGUGAAGCACAUGGUGUUGGUGCAAGGGUGCAGAUUGCUAAAAAUCUGCAUGCUGUACAUGCAACUCAGGCUCUGUCAAGGCUUUGUGGUCUUGGUGGUGAUGGAAUAAGCCCAUCUAAUCAAUCUGCUUUUGAUGCACUAAGAGCGCUUCUUACUCCGAAGCUUGCUGAUAUGCUGAGAAACCACCCACCUAAAGAACUGUUGUCAAAUCUGAAUGCAAAUUUGGAGUCACCAGAGAUCAUAUGGAAUUCUUCCACCAGAGGCGAGCUCCUCAAAUUUGUAGACCAGCAGCGUGCUAGCCAAGGACCUGAUGGUUCAUAUGAUUUGACGGAAUCACAUUGUUUCACAUACCAAGCUUUAUCAAAAGAACUGAAUGUUGGUAAUGUGUACUUGAGAGUUUACAACAACCAACCAGAUUAUGAAAUAAGUGACCAGGAAGGUUUUUGCAUCGCGCUGCUUAAAUUUAUAGCAGAGCUAGUACAGAAGUGGAAUUCAUUAAGUUUGGAUGAAAAUAUGAUGCAUCAAUGUGGUACAGCUAUUGAGACAUCAGUCACUGAAAAUGGUGAUAUCAGUGGUUCAACGAAUGAAGGAAAAGAAGAAGAUUCAUUGGAAAAACACAAUAGAGGAGUAACAGAUGGAGAUUCUGAAGUGAUUAUGAACCUCCGAAGUGGGCUAACAUCACUACAGAAUCUUCUAACCAGUAAUCCAGGAUUGGCUGCUGUUUUUGCUUCCAAGGAACGGUUGACACCUCUUUUUGAAUGUCUUGCGCUACCUGUUCCUCCUGAAAGCAACAUCCCACAAAUUUGCCUAAGCGUUCUUUCUCUCCUGACGAAGCAUGCGCCUUGUUUGGAAGCCAUGGUUGCAGAAAGAACAAGUCUCAUUUUGCUUUUCCAGAUACUGCACUGCAAUCGUUCUUGCAGGGAUGGAGCCCUUACUGUCCUCUAUUCUUUAGCCAGCACACCGGAGCUGGCCUGGGCUGCUGCCAAGCAUGGUGGUGUAGUGUACAUUCUAGAACUUAUGUUACCACUUGAAGAGGAAAUCCCUAUGCAGCAAAGAGCUGCAGCUGCAUCAUUAUUGGGCAAACUUGUUGGGCAGCCAAUGCAUGGUCCCAGGGUGGCAAUCACACUUGCUAGAUUCUUACCUGAUGGUUUGGUUUCUGCAAUUAGAGAUGGGCCUGGUGAAGCUGUUGUUUCAUGUCUUGAACAGACCACAGAAACCCCUGAACUUGUAUGGACACCCGCAAUGGCAGCUUCUCUUUCUGCGCAGUUGUCAACCAUGGCCACAGACCUCUACCAAGAGCAGAUGAAAGGGCGUGUUGUUGAUUGGGAUGUGCCUGAACAAGCAUCUGGCCAGCAUGUAAUGAAGGAUGAGCCACAGGUUGGAGGUAUUUAUGUGAGACUCUUCCUAAAGGAUCCCAAGUUUCCAUUGAGAAACCCUAAAAGGUUCCUAGAAGGGCUGCUAGAUCAGUAUGUCUCAUCAGUUGCUGCCACACACUAUGAGGCGAAUGCUGUUGAUCCAGAGCUUCCGUUGCUGCUUUCUGCUGCAUUGGUUUCAUUGUUGCGUGUUCAUCCAGCCCUUGCAGACCAUGUUGGUUACCUAGGUUAUGUUCCAAAGCUGGUUUCAGCUAUGGCAUAUGAGGGUAGACGGGACACUAUGGCAUCCGGACAAACCACAAGUAGGUUGCAAGCGGAACCUAGCAAUCAAGAGAACUCGGCGGACUCUACCGUGCAGACUCCACAAGAACGUGUCCGGCUUAGUUGUUUGCGAGUGCUGCAUCAGCUGGCUUCCAGCACUACUUGUGCAGAAGCUAUGGCAGCCACAAGUGCAGGAACUCCUCAGGUUGUUCCAUUGCUUAUGAAAGCAAUUGGAUGGCAAGGUGGAAGUAUACUGGCACUAGAGACACUAAAGCGUGUUGUUGGUGCUGGCAAUCGGGCUAGAGAUGCACUUGUUGCACAGGGGCUAAAGGUUGGCCUUGUUGAAGUACUGCUUGGUAUUCUUGAUUGGCGAGCUGGUGGCAGGCAGGGACUGUGUAACCAAAUGAAGUGGAAUGAAUCAGAGGCUUCAAUUGGGCGUGUUUUGGCAGUGGAGGUGCUUCAUGCUUUUGCAACGGAAGGCGCACACUGUGCUAAAGUUCGUGAAAUUCUGAAUUCUUCUGAUGUAUGGAGUGCUUACAAGGACCAGAAGCACGAUUUAUUCCUCCCAUCCAAUGCACAGUCUUCUGCUGCUGGAGUUGCAGGGCUCAUUGAGAGCUCAUCGUCAAGACUGACCUACGCCCUUACUGCACCACCACCUCAGCCUGCCUUGGUCCGGCUACCUUCUACAGCUCCAGCGCUACCAUCGGCUCCUGCAAAUCCCAGUGGGCGGCAUUCUUAUCAGCAUUCAUAGCGUGCGAAAUGAACCACGUUAAGCUCAGAUCAUUAGCGGUGUGAUCAUUUCAAGUUUUAUUCUUUGGCUUGGUUGGCCUAGCAAUUUCGCACACAGGCCAGAGCGCCACAAAGGGGACUUGCUACAACAGCAAAAUACAGUUUCACCCAUACAUUACUCGCAACUUGGGGCAGGAGGCCUGCGUUGCAGUGCCAGUACAUAGCCUGUACAGUUUUCCAUUACAUAGAGGUCGAGUUCAUGCUAGUUUCUUGAGAAUGUAAAGCAUAUUGUUGUUUUGUUUUUUUUUACACUGUAACAUACCUGUCCAUAGAAUAUGCAAGCUGAAAAUGUGUAUCGAUUCAUUUUGGGUGCGGUUUGCCUUCUCCUUUUUAGAAGAGAAAUGAAUUGAUGGAUGCUUAAUCAAAUUGUGCCGGUUGUCGGUUGACA